AUGCCGGACAACGCGGAGGGUCUGCAGAAGUCCAUUCUGGAGGACCCAGAGGCAGCAAUGUCCAUGUCGGACUUGAAUGUCGCCUACCGUAUGAGCGUGGACGAAUACGAGGAGCUCUGCCCCUUCGCCCAUGACCUGCGCGAGAACUGGGGCCCUCCGCCUGGAGAGCUGAACACCGAUGGUCGCGACAUGCUGAUCUACGGCAAGCAUUUCGGAAAUAUCUUCCUCGGUGUGCAGCCUACCUUCGGCUACGAGGGUGACCCCAUGAGGCUGCUCUUUGCCAAGUCCGCGUCUCCUCAUCAUGGCUUCGCUGCCUUCUACACAUACCUGGAGUUCAUCUUCAAGGCAGAUGCCCUGCUCCACUUCGGAACCCACGGAUCUCUGGAGUUCAUGCCCGGCAAGCAGGUUGGCAUGUCAGGAAGCUGCUAUCCUGACCGCCUGAUCUCCGUGUUGCCCAACCUGUACUACUACGCAGCAGCUUGUUCAGAAAGAAGUCUCCCGCUGUGUUAUAGAAUUGGAGCAGGGUUUGUUUCAGGGGUUCCUUAA